CGUAUUCAGCUGAGCUCAACAAGCUUCACGUUAACUCAGAUGAUGACCUUGAGUACCUGUGCAUCAGUGCUGCGAGCCCCAACACCAAGGCCACCGUCCAUGCUCUCAGCCUGUGGAGAUACCGGUGCAUGAUCAAAGGACUCAGAGGUCACAUGGACAUCACUAAGAUCGUAGCAGUGAAGCUCUGCGAGCACCCAGAGGACUUCUACAUCACCAUCCAGAAAACAGAUGGGUCUGACUUUCUAGUCACAUCCCUCCACGCUAUCCGACGGGGCCUGUACCGGAUCCUCAAGAAUGCUGGUGCUGGUUUCUCCAUCACCAGCAGCACCUUCAGCUCUUCCACCAGGAUGCUCAAGGAGAAGCUUAAAGUCCUGAGCAAAGGCGGGAUGUCUGGCGCCCGCUCUCGCAGCGUUGUCUGCUGCUCCCUUUCUGACGAGGAGGUGUGGAGGAUGGGAUGCCUGGGAGAUGACAGCCCCGUAGUCCUGCUGUCCAGGAAAUGCAACAGCCAGUACCUGAACACGCGAACCUUGCAGCAGCACGCGGACUUCAUGUUUGGUGACACUGAGUUACUCAAAGAGUCACAGGAUGGGUCGCUUUUUGCCAGAACAGGCAGCAUGGAGCGAGAAAACAGGGUGAACACGAGCAGAGCAUGUUACAGCCAGAUCAGCCACAAGCACUCAAAAGGGCACAAGCUCUGCCCGUACUGCCUCCUCUACAUGUUCAUACACCGGCCCCCGACACAGAUGGAGGCCAUGUACCUGACGGCCCGGAAUGAGGUCAACAGCAUGGAGAAUGUCUGGUAGAUGGGUCUCCACUCCCCCCGGGGUGCUGUCCCCAAGGUGGCAAAGGCAUUGAAGCUGGAGCACUGUGAACAUUUUACUUUUGUCUCCUUCACCCAGGCUUCCACAAGGCUGGGCACUCACAAUUGCUUGUUCCUUUGGAAGGCCUUGGCACAGAUGGAAAAGCCUGGCUUCUUCAUGCAUUUCUACAAGGCAAGGGUUCGAGCACUGACCUCUCUGCUGUGCAGCAAGACCCUAAAUGACGUCUUCAAGUGGCACAGGUGA